AUGAAAUUUAUCUCAGUUGCCACCUUCACUACUAUUUUAGCUUAUGCCACGGCUGAUUCAGGAAACGACAUCGCCGUUCGAGAUGCCCCAGUUACUGUCGAUCCUCUGUCAAUUAUACCUGUCUUUGGUCAAGUCGCUUCCUUAGUAAAUGAUGUCAGAGACCUUAUUCAAAAUGCCGAGACUAUUUAUCCUUUGGUUAUUGGAGACUCAUCUAUUCCUGCUGAAAUUAGAGACUUAGUUGUUGAUAUUUCAAAAACCUCCAAAGAUGUUGGAACUUUGGUUCAUGAUGUCUCAAGAAACCUUAACAGCACAUUUGGUGUCCAUCAAUAA